CUUCCAACCACCCUCACUCUGCCUCUCUACCAUCUGCUUUAUAUACAUAUACAACAUCAACGCCCUGCCACUACUAUCAUCUUUCUAACCCUUUUCAUUUCAGAUAUCGAAUCAGAUGGCUGGCAGUGGUAAAAGGGGUUCUCAACUCGACGUUGAGCAGCAGAAACCUACUCUGAUCACCCCAGCAGAGGAGACACCAAAGGUUCUCUACUUCCUAUCAAACCUUGACCAGAAUAUUGCAGUCAUCGUCCGCACCAUUUACUGCUUUAAAUCAGAGUCCAGAGGCAACGAAGAUGCUGCCCAAGUCAUUAAAGAUGCUCUUUCCAAGGUGCUUGUCCAUUACUACCCCCUUGCAGGGCGGCUCGCCGUCAGCUCAGACAGGAAGCUUAUUGUGGACUGUACGGCGGAGGGUGCUGUCUUUGUGGAGGCUGAAGCCGACUGUUCCAUUGAAGACAUUGGUGAUAUAACAAAGCCUGAUCCUGACACUCUUGGGAAGCUUGUCUAUGACAUCCCUGGCGCUACCAACAUACUUCAGAUGCCUCCUCUUGUUGCCCAGGUGACUAAAUUUAAAUGUGGUGGAUUCGUUGUGGGGCUGUGUAUGAAUCAUUGUAUGUUUGAUGGGAUUGGGGCAAUGGAAUUUGUGAAUUCGUGGGGUGAAACGGCAAGGGGCUUUCCUUUGACCGUGCCGCCGUUUCUGGAUAGAAGCCUUCUCAAAGCACGAGAGCCGCCGAUGAUCGAGUUUCCUCACAGCGAAUUCGCUGAGAUAGAAGAUGUGUCGAACACUUGGAAGCUUUAUGGAGAUGAGGAAAUGCAUUAUCGGUCCUUCUGCUUCGAGCCGGAGAAGCUCAGUAAGCUCAAACAGAAAGCGUUGGAAGAUGGGGUUUUGAAGAGCUGCACCACGUUCGAAGCCCUGUCGGGAUUUGUUUGGAGAGCAAGAACAGAGGCUCUACGAAUGCAACCCGAUCAACAAACAAAGCUCCUCUUCGCCGUCGACGGAAGGUCUAGAUUUCAGCCCCCAGUACCGAAAGGGUAUUCUGGAAACGCCAUCGUUUUAACCAACUCACUAUGCAGCGCCGGCGAGCUUCUGGAAAACCCUCUGUCUUUUGGGGUGGGGCUGGUUCAGAAGGCAGUGGAGAUGAUCACAGACAGCUACAUGAGGUCCGCCAUCGAUUACUUCGAAACGACGAGAGCAAGGCCGUCGCUGGCGGCGACUUUGUUGAUCACGACCUGGUCGAGGCUGGGGUUCCACACGACGGACUUCGGGUGGGGGGAGCCGGUGUUUUCAGGGCCGGUGGCGUUGCCGGAGAAAGAGGUUAUUCUGUUCCUAUCUCAUGGGAAAGAAAGAAAGAGCAUAAAUGUUCUUCUGGGCCUUCCAGCUUCUGCCAUGGAAAUCUUCCAACAGGCCAUGCAAAUCUGAAAGGACAAAAAUACAAAAUGAGGAGGAAAUUCCAUCUUUAUUAUUCAUCCCAAUGUGUUGUUUUCAUCCAAUUCCAAUUCCAUUUUUAUUCCUAUUUCAUGUGAUUACCCACAUAUUCUUCUGUCAAUUAAUAGAUUGUUCUCCCUGUUGUUACGUCAAUAAAGUUUUAAUAUAUUGAGGUA